AGAGACAUCCGCGAGUGACAGAGACAGCGGCCCCUCCCCCCGCCGCCCCCACCGUGCGCGUGGGCCGAGUAGCUGGCUCUGCGGCCGACUGGACAACAAAACAGUUGGAUUUCGGUACUGGUUAGUGGGACACUGCGCCGACAGUUCGCUGCCUGAUCUAUCUCAAAACAUAAUAAUCGUGAUUGUGCUCGUUGUUUAUCUUUUGACUAUGAAGUGGACAAAGCUGUAAGAGCUUUCAUACUUCAUUAAUUUCCUCUGUGAGAUUAGUGAUUUGAUUAGAUAGUGAGUGUGAGUGACGUCAAGACUGGAAUGGAGCAAGCAGUGCCCUCCGCCACAUCGCGCCUCCGCCUUGUGAAACUAUCGACCCUGUAAAUGAAAUGAAGGUGUUCAGUUUAGGAGCGUAGGUAGAAUCCAUCAAAAUGAGGGUGUCCUGGGCGUGGACGAUAGUGCUGGUUGCGCUGGUGGCGCGCGGCGCGGGGGGUGAGGGCGACAGCGAGGACGCGGGGGGCGAGGGGACGGGUGCGGGGGGCGAGGCGGGGGCGGGCGGCUGCCCCGCGGGGUGCGCGUGCGCGCGGGGGCUGCAGCUGGAGUACUCGUGCGGGCCGCUGGAGCUGGUGCUGGAGCCGGGGCGCUCGCUGCGCGUGACGUGCCGCGCGCCGCCGCCGCCCGCCGCCGCCUGGCCGCGCCUGCCCGCCGCCGCGCCCGGCGCCGCCUUCACCAACUGCAGCGCGCCGGCGGGCGGCUGGGGCGCCGUGCUGCGCGCGCUGGGCGCCGCCGCCGCCAGCUCGCUGCAGCUGCGCGACGUACCGCCCGCCGCGCCGCUGCAGCCCGCCGACCUGGCCGGCCUGGAGCGGCUGGAGGCGCUGACGCUGCAGCGCGCGGCGGCGGGCGACGUGCCGGCGCUGCUGGCGCGCCUGCCCGCGCUGCGCCGGCUCACGCUGCGUGCCGCGCUGUCGGCGCUGCGGGCGGACAUGUUUGCGGCGGCGCCGGCGCUGCAGCGGCUGGAGGUGUCCAUGUGCGCGCUGGGCGCGGUGCCGGCGCACGCCUUCCGCGGCCUCACGGAGCUGCAACAACUGGGCGUGUGGCGCGCCGGCGCCAGCGAGCUGCACGAGGAGGCGCUGGGCGCGCUGCCCGCGCUGCAGGUGCUGGAGCUGCGCGGCAACGGGCUGCGCGCGCUGCCGGCCGCGCUGCUGGCGGGGCUGCCGGCGCUGAGCAACCUGUCGCUGGCGGACAACGCGCUGGCGGCGCCGCCGGUGCUGGGCGCGCCACGCUCGCUGCUGGCGCUGGACCUCAGCCGCAACAACCUGUCCGCGCUGGCGCCGCCCGCCCUCGCGCCACUCGCCGCCCUGCGCACACUCAACCUUGACGGAAACAGACUCGAGGAGUUGCCAGACGGCGUAUUCUCCGGUCUGUCGUCCCUGGUGGAGCUGUCCGUGUGCGACAACCGUCUGUCGGCCGUGCACGCGGGCGCGCUGCGCGGGGCGGCGGCGCUGCGGACGCUGCGGCUCUCCGGCAACCGGCUCACGCUGGAGGCCGCGGGGGCGGGGGGUGAGGCGGACGAGGUGUACGCGGGGUUUGGCGGCGCGGGGUCGGGGCUGGCGCUGCCGGCGGGGCUGGCGCGGCUGCACGCGGCGCGCAACCGCGUGGCCCGCGUGCCGCCCGACCUGCGCCUCGCGCUGCUGAGCCUGCGCCACCUCGACCUCUCACACAACCAAAUACAGGAACUUACCGAUGCGGAUCUGAACUUCUUGAGCGCUGAGAUAGAGGUGGACCUGCGGUACAACAACAUCUCCGUGGUGGAGCUGUCCCCGGCGCUGGCGGGCGCGCUGCAGGGCGCGGCGCCCAGCGGCGUGACCGCGCUGCUGCAGCACAACCCGCUGCGCUGCGACUGCCGCGCGCACGAGCUGCUGCGCCGCGUGCGCGGGGGCGCGGGGGGCGGGGACGCGGGGGGCGGCCCACGCCUGCGCCUGGGGGACGCGUGCGCCGCGCCGCCCGCGCUGCGGGGCCGCCCGCUGGCCGCGCUGCCGCUGGAGCUGCUGGAGUGCGCGCUGCCGCCGCCCGCGUGCCCCGCAGCCUGCGCCUGCGCGCUGCGCCCCGCCGGCGCCGCGCUGGAGCUCACGUGCGGCGCCGCGCCCGCGCCCGCCGCCUGGCCCGCGCCGCGCGACUACGGCCUCAACCACAGCUCGCUGCGGCUCACGGCCGCGCCCGCCGCGUGGCCCGCACUGCCGCCGCACGCGCGCGCGCUGUCGCUGGCGGGGCUGGGCCUGCGCGCGCUGCCAGCCGCCCCCCCGCCGCCCGCGCGGCUCGACCUGCGCGACAACCGGCUGCCGGCGGCGCCGCGGCUGGCACCCGGCACGUCGCUGCGGCUGGCCGGCAACCCGCUGCGCUGCGACUGCGACCACGCCGACGACCUACUCUACCUGCAGCAGAUCAGCCGCCAGGUGGAAGAUUAUGAUUCGUUGCGGUGCUCGGCGGGCGGCAACGUGACGCAGCUGGUGUCGGGCGCGGCGGCGGGCGGGGCGUGCGCGGGGCGGCGGCUGCUGGCGGCGCUGCUGGCGCUGGGCGGCGCGGCGCUGGCGGCGGCGGCGGCGGGCGCGCUGCUGCUGCGCCGCUACGAGCUGCCGCUGCGCGUGUGGGCGGCGGCGCGCGGGCUGGCGUGCUGCUCUCCCCGGGACGACGGCGACGAGCGCGAGUACGACGUGUUCGUGUCGUACUCGCACCGCGACGAGGAGUGGGUGCUGGAGCAGCUGGUGCCGCGCCUGGAGCCCGCGCUGCGCCUGUGCCUGCACUUCCGCGACUGGACGCCGGGCGAGCCCAUCCCCGCGCAGAUCGCGCGCUCCGUGGCGGCGGCGCGGCGCACCGUGGUGGUGCUGUCGCCGCACUACCUGCGCUCCCAGUGGGCGCGCGCCGAGUGGCGGGCGGCGCACGCCGGGGGCGCGGGCGGGGGCGGGGGCGGGGGGCUGGUAGUGCUGCUGCUGGGCGACGUGCCGGUGCGCGAGCUGGAGCCGGAGCUGCGCGCCUACCUCGAGACCAACACGUACGUGAAGGUGGGCGACCCCUGGUUCUGGGACAAGCUGCGCUACGCCCUGCCGCGCCCGCGCCGCACCCCCGCCCCCGCGCCCGCCCCCGCCGCGCCCCCGCAGGACGUGUCGGCGCUCAAGCGCGCGUUCGACGACCGGCUGCCGGAGCUGAGCGACCCCAAGCAGGGGGCACCGGGGGCGGGGCUGCAGGCCACCCUCACUGCAGACGGCCUGCUGGUCAACCAGCCCCACAAGCUGGCCUAGAGCCACCGCCGUGCUGCUACACUUAUAAAUAUUGCAUUUGCAAGCUCUCAAACAACAAUUAAUUGUCUCUUUAAAACUGAGCUGAACUUACCAUAGUGAUAAUUUUGAUGAAUUGAAGUGACCACUUUUACAUAAUAUACCUCGUGUGAGCCACGUUGCAAGAACAGUGAACUGAAAUUAUUAUAAGGAUAAGGUGCGAGGAUAAAAGACUGCAGUGUUCGAAUCUCAUUAAAAUCUCUUAUUUGAGUUCACAAUUUAUUAGUGAUUUAAGUUUUACCUUGUUUCAGGGGGAAAGACAUCUGACAGAACCCUUUUCACAUUCAAAUAAGGGUAGUUUUUGUUUGUAUCAGAUAUCUUUCCCCGUGAAACAAGGUUUAGUAGGUAUAAUAAGAACAUUUUGGCAGCAAUAAAUUAGUUUAUACGAGGUUUUCCGUUUAUAAAGAUGAUAUUCCGAAUCUAUAUAGAUAUCUGAACCUGAAGUUGUUAGGUAGGUUACCUAUACAUUGUACAUAACCGGAGCAAAUACCAGAAUGCGUUCCAAUUCAUAGUAAGAUAUUUCGUCAUUCUCAUAUUCUAGUCAUUCUACUUAUGUAUUUGACGAAAUCGAGUUGAAUAGAUUAGAUGGAUUGAUAUUUUUUUUACUUUUUCUUUACUAAUUAAUUACUUAUUAACUUUUAUAAUAAAUCUUUCUAAGAAAGUAUAAUCUAUUGUUAUAAUAACAUACUUACCAGCAUUAAGUAUGUUGAAUUGUUGUCUUUGUAAAAUUCUACCUGACUCGACUAUAUUAUUAUCUACCCACCUACUGUUUUUUUUAUUUGUGAAGGAAUCUCAAAACUUUUUUUUAUUUUAAAUAAUUACUUAGUAGGUAUUUUGGAAGAGCUUCGUGACUGUAGAAAAUAAAAUGCUGCAUUUUAUUCCAGUAACAAUUGCUGUUUUUUUGUACUCCUCACCUUUUUUCAACUUACAGGACGUAUGAACAGGAAUAUGAC